AUGGCGCUUAUCGGACCUGAAGUAAGACAGACGUACUUUGAUAUGGCUCUGUCCAUGGGCGACGAGGAUCAGGUGAUGGCAACCGAGGUAAUUCUAGGUCAGGGGCCACAUAAAGGCCAGUUAGUAGCGGAACUUGGUAGGGCGAAGGGAAGAAAGACAGUCAGCCGAGCUGAUUUACUGAAGGGCUUCCCAGCACUAAUUCCAAAGGAAGCCAUUAGCUUUGGUAAGAAGCUCGUCGAUGUUAAAGAGCAAGUCUCCGGCAAGCCGAAUGUCCGCCUGGCCUUCCAAGACGGAACCAAGAUCGAGGUUGACUGCCUCCUAGGGGCCGACGGAAUCAACCCUAAGUGGACCAUAAAUGUCCCCGUUCUCCUCGGACCAAGGGACCACAUCAACUGUAUCCCAUUAAACAAGAAUACACGCCUGAGCGCCGGCGUCGCUGUGCGCGGUGCCUUCUCGACGAUCGACGGUUGUGCUCCACCGCUCGACCCAACCUUAUACGCCGACUACAGCGAAGAGGCUCAGCAGAUAGUGCCAGACCACGAUCAUGCGCCCUACUACGCGCGGGGCCGUGUCGCUAUGCUCGGCGACGCAGCGCACACCGCGAUGCCGUUCGCCGGCAAUGGUGCAGCCCAAGCUCUCGAAGAUGCGGCUGUGCUCGAUUACCUCCUCGCUCACGUCGAGCGUCCGGAGCAGAUCGAGCAUGCCCUUCGAGCCUUCGACGGGGUCCGAAGGCCUCGGAGCCAAGCAGUCGUAGAACUCGCGCGUAAAUUCGGACGGGUGUAUGCGUAUGCUGAGGACGGCAUGCACGAGGAUCCGGCGAGGAUGAUGGAGUUUUUUGGACAGAUGGCGGCUUUUACGAACGAGUUUGAUGUUAAGGGACAGAAUGAGGCGGCCUUAAAGGUGUUUGUGAGAUUAGAUAUGGCUAAUGGGGAGGUUAAGGGGAAGACAAACGGAGGUUCGAAAAGCUGA